UAGUCGUAGGUAAAGUAGGAAUGUUUUUCUCUGUUCUGUUUGACUGUGCUACAUAGUACCUAGGUGAUAUUUUUCUGAUAAUUUAGAUUAAACUUACGCAUAAAUUAGUAAUCUAUGUUUGGGUAAUUAGAUAAUAAGUGCUUCAUUGUUUAUUUUGAAAACAAUGUGUUGUGGAAAAUAAAAAACGGCCUUUUUUCAUUAUUGACGUGGAAAUACCGACCAAGUAAUUCGGUGACAAAGCCACCCACAAUGGCAGACAUGUUAGAUCCAUUGUCUCCGAGUGUCAACACUACUCGGAGUCCUGGAUUCAUGCACAAAUUGAGACUGAGGAUUGGGACCGGUGGUCAGAGUAGAACAACUGGUGAAGGUUAUGUGGAGUUCGGGGAAUUCCGAUCGGAAGGGCCGGGAAUCAAGAAGGUGGGCACCUUCGCCGGGGUGUUCUGCCCCGUGGUGCUUUCCAUGUUCAGUGCGCUCAUCUUCAUCCGGAUGGGUUAUCUAGUAGGGAACGCUGGUUUGCUCGUGACGUUAGCUCAGUUUGGCUUGGCAUAUCUUAUUGUCGUGUUUACCGUCACCUCGAUCUGUGCGAUCUCCACCAACGGCGCUGUGGAGGGGGGAGGGGUUUAUUUUAUGAUAAGCAGGACUCUAGGGCCAGAGUUUGGGGGUGCGAUUGGCACAUUAUUCUUUUUCGCGAACGUCGUGUCUAGCGCCCUCUGUAUCUCUGCGUGUACCGAAGCCUUGGUGGAAAACUUUGGCACGAAUGGUUACCUUGUAGGGGUCCACGAAGGAAUACCAGAUGGUUGGUGGUAUCGGUUCCUGUACCGCUCCACGCUCAACGCUGUGGGCUUAGCGGUGUCCUUAGCGGGUGCGUCGUUGUUCGCUAGAACCAGCUUAGCUAUAUGGGUCACAAUGCUCGUCUGUCUGUCCAGCGCAUUCUUGAGCUUCUUCGUCACGCCUCCUGCCCAGAUAGAGAAACCAGACACGAAUCAUCUGGUGAACACGACGAAUUUUACAUACACUGGCCUCAAUUCGGACACUUUAUACGAGAAUUUGUACCCUGAAUAUGGCAGAGACUACACCACCACCAGCGGGGAUAUGGUGGACUUUGCCUCGGUUUUUGGGGUACUUUUUACUGGAGUUACCGGUGUCAUGGCCGGGGCUAACAUGAGCGGCGAGCUGAAGAAUCCCGGGCGUAGUAUCCCCGCAGGCACACUGGCCGCAUUGCUGUUCACGGCUGUGUCAUACGUAGCUCUCAGUGUGCUGACCGCCGCCUCGUGCUCCCGGCAGCUGCUGCAGAACAACUAUGUCUAUCUGCUGCCAAUCAACAUCUGGCCGCCUUUCAUAGCUGUGGGAAUGUUAAUGGCAACAUUCUCGGCCGGUCUCUCCAAUUUGAUUGGUGCUUCGAGGGUGUUGGAAGCUCUUGCGAAGGAUAACAUAUUUGGCUUCCUCCUCCGGCCCAUGGUGUCCCGGUCCGGCAACCCGGUGCUGGCCGUCAUCGUGUCCUGGCUUUUAGUUCAGGUCGGCAUCAUGGCCGGCUCCCUCAACGCCAUUGCCCAGGUGAACUCUGUUCUGUUCAUGACAAGUUACUUCGCCGUCAACCUGGCGUGUCUCGGAUUGGAUUUAGCGUCCGCUCCUAAUUUCAGGCCGACAUUCAAACAGUUCUCGUGGGUGAGUUCCCUGCUGGGUCUGGUGGGGUGCGCGGCGCUGAUGUUCGCGCUGCGGCCGCUGCACGCGACCGGCGCCGCGCUGGCGUGCACGUCGCUGGUGCUGGCGCUGCAUCUGCUGUCGCCCGCCGCCGCCCAUCCCUCCUGGGGCAGCCUCAGCCAGGCCCUGAUCUUCCACCAGGUUCGGAAAUAUCUGCUGCUAUUGGACCCACGACGGGAGCACGUAAAAUUCUGGAGGCCACAAAUGUUGUUACUGAUCUCGUCUCCGAGGCAGAGCGCUCCCCUCAUUGACUUUGUAAACGAUCAAAAAAAGGGUGGUUUAUUCGUCGUGGGCCACGUGCGCCUGGGCCAACUAGACGGGAGCGGGGACCCGUUGGCCGAGGAGCACAAAUACUGGCUUAAGCUGAUUGAUCAUCUCAAAGUGAAAGCGUUCGUAGAGUUGUGCCUAGCGGAGUCAGUGAGGAGUGGGGCGGCGCACCUUACCCGGCUGUCGGGGCUGGGCGCCAUGAAGCCGGACACUGUGCUGCUGGGCUUCCGGGACACAGCGCCACCUAGGGAUUUCUUCAGGGAUCCCCUGUCCCCAUACAAAACGGACGCUUUCGACCUGGACGACGGCACAACAAUAUUCCCGACGAGGCGCGGGGCUAUGUCCUGCACAGAGUACGUGCAGGUGCUGUCGGACGUGCUGUGUGUGAACAAGAACGUGUGCCUGUGCAGGAAUUUCCAGACGUUAGACAUGGCCAUGGUGGAGAGAAAAUCACCAACACUCAAAUAUAUAGACGUGUGGUUGGUAGAAGUGUUACGUCCGUCCCGUGAGGAACCGUUCACGGUUCGCGCGCUUUUCGCCCUCCAGUUGGCGGCCGUGGUCCGCUCAGCCAGGGGCUGGCAACACUUGAAGCUGAGGGUGCAUGCGGUAACCACUGCGCCUGUGACGUCACACACUACUAUACACGAAGCCGGUCGCGCCGUGACGGCGGGCGCCGGCGGCGACGCCCGGCCGCUGCCCGAGCGGCUGGCUGAGCUGCUCAGCUUGCUCAGGAUCAACGCCACCAUCCACAGCGUGACAGAAUGGCCGUCGUUAGAAAACUCCGCGCGGUGGUCGAGUGACCUCGACUCAGACCAAAACAGUAUUUAUCAGCGUGUCUCGCUUAGUUAUCUGCAAACCGUGAACAAUAUAAUAUCGCGCCGCUGCGCGGAGGGCGCGGCGGUGACGUUCGUGCAGCUGCCGCCGCCGCCCGCGCUGGCCGCCGCGCCCUCCGCCGCCGACGACGCCAUCUGUCAACAGUAUUUGAAGAUAUUAGACGAGUUCACAAAGGAUCUGAGCCCGACGAUCCUUGUUCGGGGCCUCAAGUCCGUUACAUCAACGGCUUUAUAAUCAUAGUUAUUGUUUACACUAGUAAGAAAUAUUACCUUUCAACCUACUUCUCUGCAUGUUAAUGGAUAUUAAGAAUAUUAUCUGACAGCCAUGAAAAAGGUUACAGGUCGAAACUAAUUUCGUAAUGCCGGCUUCACGCUGUCGCCGAAAGCGGACAUAUCGGCGCGAUUGCAUCAACAUUGCUUAGUCUAUUUACCGCAAUGAAAAAUCAGUGAAGCGGUGGUGGUGUAAUGGUUAAGACGCCCGCCUGUGGAUCGAAAGGUCCAGGUUCGAAUCGUACUCGUGCCACAUGAGUUUGUAUACCAAUCUGUCUCAUGUAUAGUAGUUUUCAUCGACCACCACUUGCUUCCGGUGAAGGAAAACAUCGUGUGGAAACCUGCACUACGUCGAUAAUUUAUCUUCUAGUGCGUGAAGCGGAGAAGGCAAUGGCAAACCACUCCAUUGAUAUUGCCAAGAAAGUAGUUACGUGUGCCGUAUUCCAUUUGAUAGCCACGACCAUGAGGAAUACAACUGAUGAUAAAAAUGGUUGCCUGUAAAGUCGGUUUUACGGGCGAAGAUUUUACGUGACAACGUCUUUUUACGCGCGCGGCAGACCGAUCAUAGUUGAGUGGGAGAGAGACGCAAGGCAUUCGGCGGGCCUCUCUCUCGUUCGGUGACUCAUCGUAACGUUACCGGGCGUUACACUUUUUCAUAAGUGACUCCCAGCCGCAACCUAAUUUAAGACGUUGUCACGUCAAAACAUUUGUAAACUUGUAAGUUUGUUUGGUGUGAAAAUGUUAUGAUAUACCAAUCAAAAGUAUUUUGUGAUAUAUUUGCAUUAAAUUUAUCUAUAUUUUUAUGCCGAAAUUGUAAUACACAGUUUUAAAGCAAGAGGAAACGCGUUCAAUGACCCGUAUUUGUUAUUUACUGUCGCUACUGUUAUGAAUGUGAUUUCUAAGUAAAACCCGUGCACAUACGAAACUGUGAGAUGAGGUACUUUGGGUAGAUUCUCUAUGCGAAGUUUCACGUAAAUAAGAUUGAGGGAGACAUUCCAAGAGAAGACAUUUCUAAGGUAAGUAACAAACGCGUAUCAAUACUUAAUUGUGGCCUUGCUAGUAUUGAUUACUAAUUAAUCAUAAUUUGAUAGUACUCCAAAUUUAUAUUACUCAACAAGCGCGUUUAAAUCAUCUUUUUGUUUUGUGUAGGUACAGUGAGCAGCACAUCAACUUACCCAAAUGCAAUCUCGCCGCUAUUACCGCGCCAUGGAGUUUCAUGCAGGGUAACUUGAUGUGCUGUUGACUGUACAAUCUGGGGCAGAUAUACCUGACACGCUCGUUUUAGGAAGUGACCUAACUUCCUAAAUCUCUAUGAUUUCGGUUAUUCAAUGGCAAACCACUCCAUUGAUAAGCGAAGUUUCAAGUAAAUAAGAUUGAGGGAGACAUUUCAAGAGAAGACAUUUCUAAGUUUUUUAUAUUAAGAUAAUAAUUAUAAAAUCGGCUGUGAACUGUAGAUAUUAGCCGUUCAUCAUGAAGGUGGAAUAAUGUCAGUUUUGUCUAUGUGUGUGUGUGUGUGUAGUGCAAAAGGAACAUCAAGAUUACAUUUUCAUAGUUUUUUCCCCCUUUUUGGAAGUGUUGAUAUUUACUGGAAACAGGAUCUACCUAGGUAGAUACCUAGGAUCUACCUAGGUAGAUACCUAGGAUCUACCUAGGUAGAUACCUAGGAUCUACCUAGGUAAAUAUCAAAAAAAUCGAAACGGGGGGAUAGGGAGAUCCCUAUCCCCCCCGUUUCGAAUGUGCACGGGGUUUAUGAUACACCCUGUAUAAUAGCUAGCCUUUGCCCGUGACCUCGAACGCGAGUAAAAUUCUUAAACUGCCAUAAAGAACUUUCACACCGAAUCGCAUCUUUGUACGUCCAAUAUUCCUUCCAAUUACGGCUACAAAAUUAUGAGAGCGAGACGACAACAUGUUCUUUUUCAGGGUCAUUGACCGUUAUUCCGUGUAUCAUAGAUAUAAUUGUAUCAAUUAAUUAAUAGUUUUAAAAUAUACCUAGUAAUAUUAAAAAUGGCUCUUAUGAAUAUUUUUAUAUUUUGUAUGUAACGCGACUAAUCUAAAUCUUCUGUGAAGUGGACCAAAUAAUAUAUAAUGUAAAUAGUAAAUGACAUAUGUAUACUGUAAUUUGCAGUUUUGUCAUCGUGAUUGUAGAAAAAUACAUUUGAGCGUAUCUAGUAUAGAUAAUUAUGAAAAAUCAAUUAAAAUCAUAUCCUAUUUUGCCACUAAUUUUGUAUUGCUGGCUAGCUUCUUUACUUACUCACAUUCAGACAAAAUGAGGUAAGCAGCCACGUGGCUAGGUAUGUAAAAGCCCUGGGCGAAGUAACAAACUAGGGCCCCAACUAUACUAUUAAAAUUUUGUUUGUACUGCAUUCGACAUAGUCCAGAUUCGUCGUAAUCCAGAUUAUGAGUAAAAGUAAAAAUAUUAAUAAAUGUAGUUAAAACUAUAUUUAAAUAUUGGAAGUUUAGUUCACUGAUGUAUGUGCGAUUUUUCGCCACUAGACGCGGUAGGUAGCCGUAAAAGUCAUGCCAGAUGUCUAUAGGUGACGUGGGUAAUAUCUGACACUAAUGGCAAUCACAAACACACUCGAAAUGAAAGAAAGUAAAUUGGGAGAAAUUUAUAGUUUGUAGACUGAGCUCUCUGAGCUCAGGGGGGUUACCAUCAUCUCUUAACGCGAUCCACUUUGCGACCUAAACUGAACCGCAUCGCAAAUUCGUACCAUCGAGUUAAUUUUUAGUAUGAAUGCGAUUAAUUUUAGGUUUCUAAAUUGAACUGAGUUGCAUUGGAAUCGUUCUGUAAAAGUUGAUGGUAGGCCUGCAGGUCACCGGGGCACCCGCCUAGCCCUCCGAUAGCUACGCCACUGGAAGUAAAGGUAAGUAACAAACGACGUAUCAAUACUUAAUUGUGGCCUUGCUAGUAUUGAUUACUAAUUAAUCAUAAUUUGAUAGUACUCCAAAUUUAUAUUACUCAACAAGCGCGUUUAAAUCAUCUUUUUGUUUUGUGUAGGUACAGUGAGCAGCACAUCAACUUACCCAAAUGCAGUCUCGCCGCUAUUACCGCGCCAUGGAGUUUCAUGCAGGGUAACUUGAUGUGCUGUUGACUGUACAAUCUGGGGCAGAUAUACCUGACACAAUCUGGGGCAGAUAUACCUGACACAAUCUGGGGCAGAUAUACCUGACACGCUCGUUUUAGGAAGUGACCUAACUUCCUAAAUCUCUAUGAUUUCGGUUAUAUUCGCGUCUGUGACGCCUGAAUCUCGACGCGGGACUCAAACCUUAAUGUUGAUUUGGAAAUGUGAUUCGGCUGUGGUUUUACGCCCGGCCGCCAACCCGACAUGAACCCCCUUUGGGAAUGCUUUUAUUGUCUCUCAGAUGUUAAGUCUUUUUUAUAUCUUUGUUGCAUUGUAUGAUAUCCACGGGAGGAUAUGUAGUGGUUAAUUUCUAGGGCGGAAACCACACGCCGAAGUUAGGUCAUCAUUUUUAACCCCCGACGCAAAAGGUGUUAUAAGUUUCACCGCUAAGUGUGUAUGUCUGUCUGUGUACGUGGCACCGUAGCUCAUCAACGGGUGAACCGAUUUGGAUGCGGUUUUUUUUAUUUGAUAGCUAAUUUUUAUGCGGUGGUUCUUAGAUAAUUCUGAUCAAAAUCGGUUCAGCCGUUCAAAAGUUGUAGCGAAAUUAAUAUUGAAAGUCGGGAGUUUUUUAAUUUGUCUAACAAAUAAACUUGUUUAUCCUUAUGACGUGCGUAGGUCGUCUGCUAGUUUUAUCUGUUCUUGACUGUACAUGAUUAUAUUUUAUUGUUUAAUAUUAAGCUAUGUUAAACAUUGAACAUUUUAUUAUUUAAAUGUAUUUUUAUCUUCGACUUUUUUUUAUUGUUUUAUGACAAAUGAGAAACUCACAAAGCAACCAAAACAUAAAUAUUUUUAGUUUCUAAUAAUCAAUGUAUGCGGUAAGGACUACAAUAGAGCUGGGUGGCGCUUAAAAUGAGAAAUAAAUUGUAAUCGAAAACAUUAGUAGUAUUUAAACAAAUUAAAAUCUCUGUUUUCGAUUAUAUUAUACUUUUGAGGACACAAUUCCACACAGCCUCUAUGAUUAAUAUUGAAAUAAAAUAUAUAUUAUUCGCGACUCACUAUUUUAGAUUUAGUUGUAAGCAAGUUAAGAAGUAUUUUAUUCAAAUGUGAUAUGACAAUAAAUUAUAUUUUCGCUUA